GAUGGCGGCGCCCUUAGCUCAGCAGCUGGAGCAGCUGCUCAACCCCCUGCCCCGGCCGGCCGACCCCGAGGACGACCCGGAGGAAGCCACUGCUGCCAGGGUGAUCGACAAGUUUGAUGAGGGCGGAACCGAAGAUGACAUCCUUGCCGUCGGCAAUAUACGGAAACGAGCCUCCGCCUCCCUCUUAGAAGCUGAUAAGAGGUACAGCGGGAGAGCUGUAUCUCGCCAGGCCUUGCAGGAAGAACGAUGGGGAGAGUCUCUGCCUGGAGCAGCAUUCGGUGAGAAAUUCAAUGAAGAAACAUCAUCUGAGAGAGACCUAGACAGUGGAGAUCUGGAGGAAGAAUUGGAUGAGGACAUUCUAGAUGCUACAGCUGAUCAGGACGAUGAGCACAGCAGCACUCAGGAGGGUGACUUGGGAAGUGACCAAGAGGAGGGGAGAGAAACAUCUGCCCAGUUCCAAACACCAACGUUCAGUUUCCAGAACAUCCGUGACUUUGAGAAAUUUACGGAAGGGAUGGAUGAUGUGGGGAGCAGUGAAGAGGAGGAUGAGGAAGAGGAGGAUGAAGAAGAAGGGAGCAAUGAAGAAGAAUCUGGGGAUGCAAGUGAGGAGGACGUGGCAGAUGCCAAAGAGAGCGAGGAUGACGGGGGGGUGGUGACCUUCUCUAAAGAAAAAGUGUCUGAAGAAGUAGAAAAAGGAAAAGCUGUGAAAAACCAAAUAGCACUGUGGGACCAGCUGUUAGAAGGGAGAAUCAAACUGCAGAAAGCGCUCCUAACGGCCAACCAGCUUCCACAGCCAGAUACAUUCCCGGCGUUUAAAAAGGAAGGUGGGCGAGAGUUUGCCAGCGCACUCAAGAACAGUUAUAAAGCCUUGAAGGCGUUGCUGAGAGCAUUAGUGGACCUCCAGGAUGAGCUGCUCUAUCAAUAUCCAGGCACGAGGCAUCUGGUAGAUGGGAAGCAAUCAAAAGUGGAGAGUGAUGAGGAGAUCCCCAGUGGUAGUGAUGAAGAGAUGGGAGGUGAGGAUCAGAUGAGGCGGAAAGGCCCCGCUAAACGGAAGCUAGAGAUGGAAGACUAUCCAGAAUUCAUGGCUAAGCGAUUUGCUGACUUCAGAACGUAUCGGAACAACACCUUGCAGAAGUGGCAUGACAAGACCAAACUAGCUUCUGGCAAAUUGGGGAAGGGUUUCAGUGCCUUUGAGCGUUCAAUCUUGACUCAGAUUGAUCAUAUUAUGAUGGACAAAGAGAGAUUACUACGGCGGACACAGACUAAGCGAUCUGUGUAUAGGGUACUUGGAAAGCUGGAGCAGGAAUCUCGGCCCGUCCCCGAAGCAUUGCCCGGAUGUUCGGAGGUCGUCCCUCAAGCCAAAUCCAACACGCACCUAAAAGACCUGGAUGAGGAGAUCUUUGAUGACGAUGACUUUUACCACCAGCUCCUUCGAGAACUUAUAGAACGGAAAACCAGUUCGCUGGACCCCAACGAUCAGGUGGCCAUGGGCAGGCAGUGGCUGGCCAUCCAGAAGUUACGAAGCAAAAUACAGAAGAAAGUGGACCGAAAAGCCAGCAAAGGAAGGAAAAUCCGGUAUCAUGUCCAUAGCAAACUGGUGAGCUUCAUGGCACCUAUUGACCACUGUACAAUGAAUGAUGAUGCCAGGACGGAGCUUUAUCGAUCGUUGUUUGGCAAAAUCACGCAUCCCGAAGAACCCAAGCAGAAUUAGCAUCGAGCCUUUGCAGAACGAAAACAUAUGCACAGACACUUACUUUUGUUCUCUGCGUUUGGCUAAAGCCCAGCGGGCUCCUUCGUGUGCAUUUGGACUCUUGCCUCUGUGCUGCCGGAAGCUGCCGCCACGUU